AUGACUAAACGAGGGAAGCAUGAAGCCUUUUGGAAUAAGCGAGACAUUAGAAGUACCACAUUCUCAAAGACUUUACUAGCGUCCUCUAUUAUUAGUGGGAAAGGUAAAGCCGAUGAUGAUCAUUGCUUUAAAUAUACAAAGAUUCCAGAGGUUACAACUGGCGUGCCAUUUACCCCUCGUCAAGUUUUGAAACGAAACAGCUUGAGCAGUGAGAAUAUCGGUAACAGCAAGAUAUUUAAGAAGGAGUCUCCUUUUGUGGAUACAUGUGUCCAACGAACGCUUGGAGAGGAAAGGAAAGAUGGAAUUUUGCUUCCCAUUAGGACAUCCCUGCGGGUACAACCCAGUGGAGCAUUAAAGCAACAGUUUUUACAAUGGACAAGGCAGUAUCAUCCGAAGGAGCUCAAGCAGAAGGGAGAUGAAUCUGCCCGCAAACCGCCCAACGUGGCCACGCUCUCACGACAGCAGCGUGUGUCACAGUCUGGCCGGGAAAGUCGUGAACGCAGGGUUUCUUCCAGCAGCGAUGACUGGAAAGGCAUUUACUUGACUAAUCUUCAUAGGCGCCACAGGCUCAUCGUACGCCACCCCGGUAGUUUACCCGAAUUUGAGCCCACAGAGAGGGGGGAGAAAAAAAUCAGCUCAGCACCAGAAGAGUUCCCGACAUUGAACAUGGAAGGAGGCGUUGAGCCACCGAUUGAGGUUACGCAACCAAAUGUACAUCGAGUCACUUUGCUUGAUGAAGAGACGGUCGAGCCGCGGUUGUCAUUGUCCCGCACGCCGCCCUUUUCCACUCACCCUCGGGGGAAAAUUAUUUGCAGCGAGCAGGCGUCGGAUAAAAUAUUGAAGUCAAAUGAUGGUGGCGAUUGUUCUUCGGAGAUAAUAAGGGGUCAUUCUGCGGAUUUGACGGCUUUUUGUCGGAUGAGGCAACGCUCGGUGGAAAACACCAAUGACGGUUCCACACACAAAAGCCCCUUACGGAACUUGUUGACUGUAUUAACCGUUGCAGGAACCGCGAAUAAAAAAUGCACGGGAAAUGACGUUCAAAGCCUAAAGGCAACAAGUCACCAGUACGUAUCCCUCUUAGAAGUGGAGGAAAUGCCACCGAGGCCCGUCCAAGACGUCCCAGAAGCAACGAAUUCACACGAGAAGGAAAUUUUUUCGUUGAAAAGCCGGUUGGAAAAUAUUCCGUCGACAAAUCUUUCCAAAAUGUAUGGAUCCUUGGAUGCAGUUGGGGGAGACCGCACAAGUGGGUUUGGGGGAAAAUUAACCUCCAUAGAAGAAUCUCCAAGGAAGAAAAAGAGGAGGGGCUCCGAUUGGGCCAAGUCAUUGCUGCGACGGGCAUUAUCCCACUCAAUUGAAGCGAAGACGGAAAUUAUUAAAAAUGACAGUCGUAGUAGUAGUGUUAGUGCUGGCACCAGUAUUACUGCCAUAACGGAUCGUGGUGACCAAAGUAAACAUGACAGUAAACACAAAUACCCACAACAGAGGCGUAUCUCACCGCUUUCAUCAAUCUUUGCAGGGAAGGCGAUGGAGAUGAAUUUACCCGUAUUUGCUUUGCCUUCCCCCACUUUUCAGAGGCAUUCUAUUGCGUCGCUGAAUACACGGCACUCGUUACUGUCUGACGCCAAUUUCUUCUUUGCUGGCACCACAGGAAGGAGAAGAUACGAUGCCAGUGCAUUUAAAUCGGUUCUUACGGCUUCAAGCAUUUGUAAUAUGGGUAAUGAUGACACCACGUUGAAAAAUCUGCAGCCUCCCUCGACGCAUUUAAGUAAAUCUUCCAUGCAUCUCAGCGAGAAUUACUCAACUUGUAUUUUUGACAGUGAUUUUAUUUAUGACGGGGUGGAUUCGAAUUUUCCAAAGAAAAGUUUACAAAAGUCACUGAUGAGCAAUCGGUCGGAGGCGGAAAGUGGAAUGGGGUUUUUCAGCGCGACGCAAUGUUUCUCGCCCGUGAUACCGUUUGCCGUCUUGCAUCCCAGCAGGAGCAGUGGCAGCCAGCUUGGAUUGAAGGACACCGAGGCUGAGCUGCGUUAG